AUGAUCGCUGCCGCCCAAGUUCUCAAGGCCUGGGAGGCUUGUGACAAGACAGACUCAGCAUUCAUCCUCGUCUGCAGUGUCUUCUGCUGGCCAAUCAUUCCCGCCGUUGGUCUUGGAUAUUCGGGUUACUCAACAAGGCGUAGUGGACUGGCUUCUUUUAUGCCAGCUCUGCUAGCUGUAGCUGUCUGCACGAUACAAUGGUGGCUCUUCGGCUACUCAUUGGCUUACGGAGAAGGCAAUGGCUUCAUCGGCGACCUCAAGCAUUUCAUGCACCUUGAUGUCUUGGCUGAGCCUGUAGGGACGAUUCCUGCUAUACUGUUCAGCGAGUUUCAACUGAUCUUCUGCGCCACUGUUUGUGCUAUCGCUGUUGGUGGAGCUUGCGAAAGAGGCAGGCUUUUACCUCUCAUCCCGUUCAUCUUCGUGAGAAUUGAAUGCGCAGAAAGCCAGUGUAGAAGAAUACUGACAGUGAUCACAGNNCUUUGGGCCACCUUCGUCUACUGUCCGCUAGCACACAUGGUCUGGGGCGGUGGCUUCCUCGGAGAACUCGGUGUCCUUGACUUCGCAGGUGGCACUCCUGUCCACAUCUGUUCAGGAGCCACCGCAACAGCCCUCAGCAUCUACCUCUCAUAUCCGCUCUUCCGCUCGCGCAAAUCGGCAGAAAGAACACCAACUCAUCUGGUCCUACACAAACCACACAACACAUUGAGUCAACUGCUUGCUCUCGUCACUAUAUGGGGCUCCUGGCUUGCGUUUGACGCUGGCACUACACUUGCUUUCAACUUCAAGUCUGUGAUGGCCAUGUGUGUGACCAACUUGUGUGCUGCUUCUGGUGCAAUUACUUGGGCUUGCAUGACCUACUACGAGACCGGCAAGUGGUCACUGGAUUCGACGUUCUUGGGCGCCAUCAGUGGAUUGGUCAUGAUAACACCAUCGGCUGGCUUUAUCGACAUGGCCACGGCGUUCUUCUUUGGCAUUGUUGGAGCUGUUGUUUCGAGACAGGCUUUGCGUAUAAAGUUCACCGAUCUGGCAAGACGGUGGAAGUGGGUUGACAACGGAGAUACCUUUGCCACCCACUGUAUUGGCGGAUUUGUGGGCACCAUCGCGACUGGAUUGUUUGCUCAGAAGGAGGUCGCUGCUCUCGACGGAGUGACCGAGGUAGUCGGCGGUGUCUUCUUCGACGGCAACGCAAGACAACUGGGUGUUCAGAUUGUGGAAGCCCUAAUUGGAUUUACCUGGGCGUUCAGUGUCUCGUACAUUCUCAUCGCUCUGAUCGAUUGUGUCCCAGGCUGGGAAGUAUUGGCGACCGACAAGUGA